AUGGCCCUGCAGAACUUUAUUAAGCAAGCUGUAGGUUCCGUCAUCGGGAGGAACGAGUGGGCGGGCAAGAUGGUCCCAUUGUGUGCAUCGGGGACACCAUCACACCGAGGAUGCAGUGUUGCAGCAGAACCGUGCUACAAGGAUUUCUUCGACUCUUUCAAACCCACUAGAGCAGCAAACGGCGCCAUUGAAUUUUUUUCAGAAGAUGACGAGGAUAUUGUUCAGAGGAUAAAUCACAUGAAGGAUUUCUUUAGCUAUUUUAUCCCUUCUGACCGUGUGAAGUCUAAGGGCAUGGGCAAAGUGGCUUAG